AUCCGUGUGUGUAUAUAUGUAUAUGUAUGGCCGACCGUCGUCACUUUUCGAUGUAAUUGCUCUGUCCGCAAACAAAGCCCAGCUCGCUACUUUCUAGGGUUUCUCUGUCUCUCUCUCUCCAAGGUUUUGUAGGGUUUUGCUCUCUAUGGUUUGGUAUCAAGCUUAAGGGAGAUCAACGACCGACAAAAAUGGCAGAUUCAGAGGAAACCGACAAUAAAAUCAACGGUGAGACAGAGGAAAAGCCCCGGACCAGACACAAAGGGAAGCACGACAAGGACAAGCCCUGGGAUGACCCCAGCAUCGAUCACUGGAAAAUCGAGGCAUUCGAUCCCUCAUGGAACGAAAGCGGCAUGCUUGAAGUCAGCUCUUUCUCCACUCUAUUCCCUCAGUACAGAGAAAAAUAUUUGCAAGAGUGUUGGCCUAUUGUAAAAGGUGCGCUAAAAGAGCACGGAGUUGCUUGUGAACUGAAUCUGGUUGAAGGAUGCAUGACUGUUUCAACUACCAGAAAGACCCGGGAUCCCUAUAUAAUAGUAAAGGCUAGAGAUCUCAUAAAACUUUUGUCAAGAAGUGUUCCUGCCCCUCAGGCAAUAAAGAUCCUUAAUGAUGAGAUGCAAUGUGACAUCAUUAAGAUUGGCAACCUGGUCCGCAACAAGGAACGCUUUGUGAAGAGAAGACAACACUUGGUUGGCCCAAAUUCUUCUACUCUGAAGGCACUGGAAAUCUUAACUGGCUGCUACAUCUUGGUUCAGGGAAACACUGUCGCCGCAAUGGGUUCAUUUAAAGGGUUAAAACAAGUGAGGAAGGUCGUGGAAGACUGCAUUCUGAAUAAAAUGCAUCCAGUAUAUAACAUCAAGAUUUUAAUGAUGAAGAGAGAACUUGCGAAGGAUCCUACACUUGCAAAUGAGAAUUGGGAUAGAUUUCUUCCCAAAUUUAAGAAGAAAAAUGUCAAACAAAGGAAAGUUAAGACUAAAGAGAAGAAACCGUAUACGCCCUUCCCUCCACCGCAGCAGCCUAGUAAAAUUGAUAUGCAACUGGAAAGUGGAGAAUAUUUCUUAAGUGACAAGAAGAAGCAGGCAAAGAAGUGGCAGGAGAAGCAAGAGAAACAAGCUGAGAAAACAGCUGAAAGUAAAAGGAGACGGGAAGAGGCUUUUGUUCCUCCCGAGGAACUGACAAAAGAUCCAAGGGCAAGUACUAAUGAUAAGAAUGAUGUGGCUCAGAUUGCAUUGUCUUUAAAGAGGAAAGCCAAGGAGUUCGGGAAGCGAAAAUCUGCUGAAAAUAUUGAUGCCGAAACAUACAUUGCAGCUUCUGAAGGGUCAUCUGGUAAAACUAAAUUGAAAAAGAACUCUCGUACUUGAUGAAUUGCUUCAAGUUUGCUCAAGAUGAGAAACAGGUUGAAGUGUCGGAUUGUUUUGUAUCUCAAACUUCACAAAUCAAACAAUGCAUGGAAUUGAUAAACUGAUGCAACGAUGAAAACGCCUAUGAUUAGAAUAGUUCCCUGCCUUGUCGAAGGCUUGCAGUCAACUUUUGUCAUUAGACCAUUUUACUUCACAGCGGCCUACAAGGGCC